UUGGGCCGUUGGCGAUUUAAGACGCAACGUUUCGGAAGAGUUUAUAUAUCAUACCUUCUUUAAAUCGAUAAAUAGGAGCCGAUAUGAGAAGAAACGACGACGAUGACGACGACAGCGGAGAUGGAGAAGGCGAGGAGCUUACCGAUGAGAAAAUGGCGACUAUAUCUCGUCACUCUUUCUUCGAUUCGGAGAAAAUCGCCUUCUCUAUAUCGAUAAUUGAGAAUAUGAAAGAAGACUAUGGGUUGUUCGUGUGGCCUUGUAGUAUCGUCUUGGCUGAGUAUGUUUGGCAACGGAGAUUGCGCUUUUCCGGGAAUAGUGUAGUCGAGCUUGGUGCCGGAACUUGCUUACCUGGAUUGGUAGCUGCCAAAGUCGGCUCCAAUGUUACCCUUACUGAUGAUGCAAAUAGAUCGGAGGUGCUGGACAACAUGGAAAAAGUGUGUGAUCUAAAUAAACUGAAGUGUAAAGUUUUAGGACUAACAUGGGGAGUUUGGGAUGUAGCCAUAUUUAGUUUACAUCCAAAAAUUAUUCUUGGCGCUGAUGUCCUUUAUGAUGCGCGUGCCUUUGAUGACCUCUUUGCUACUGUGGCAUUUCUGCUCCAAAGGAACCCAGGCUCAGUUUUCAUAACAACUUAUCAUAAUCGAAGUGGCCAUCAUCUUAUUGAGUUCCUAAUGGUCAAAUGGGGACUCAAGUGUGUGAAGCUUCUUGAUGGUUUUUCGUUAUUGCCAUCUGAUAAGGCAGCUAGGCUUAGUGGAAACAUUCAAUUAGCAGAAAUUGUGUUGAAUCACUAGCAGAUUGAGGAAACUUCUUGCACUGGUGCCAGAUGAUUAUGUGGUUUAAUUCACUUAUAUAUGUGUUGAUUUAUACUGCUCUUAGUAGCAGAAAUGAACCAUGCCUGCAUAGACAAACUCAAGUUUAGUAAGAUUGUAACAUUGUAAAAUUGUUGAAAAUUAAUUCGAUUUAUGUUUAUUGUUAGUUAGAAAAUGGCUUGCGAGAUGUAGCUUGCCAGUUUUACUCUGGAUAUGUCAACAACUCGUUUUGAUGCAUAUAGCCAGUUUUACUUUUGCAUUAGAUAAGGUCGAAGUCUCUUGUUUCUGUUCAUCUAUAUUUCAUCAAUGAAAGUCCCAUCUUUAAAGUAGGCUUUGCAUGUCAAGGACCUUUUAGGUCAAGCUGGCUUUUUUCGUUUGAUGAUCUAAAUUGUUUAGAAUUAUGUUGGGCCUGAAGAUGCUAGAAGAGGGAACUAUUUAAUCUUUUUUGUGCUUUCCUAGAUUAUUCUUUCAGUAGCAUGUUAUUGAACUAUUUGUAGCUCAAACAUGAAAGUGUUUGGAAGUAGAGCAGUGAGUAGCUUCUUAUUUAAUAGUUUACUUAUUCACUCAGAAGGCGAGUAUGUUGUUCUCACAGCAGGACGCGGUCCAGCCUAAACUGGGCAAAUGAAGUAUAGUAAACCUAAAGCUAGUUUCUUAAGAUCUCUAUAAAGCCUCAACUUAUCACAAUAACGUAGUUGUGCUUCUUUAGCUAUAAAUUCUAGAGACAGUUUCUCUUGGUCUCCAUUGAGGCUACUCAUUUUGAUCAUAGAGUUACAAAAGCCUUAUCUAAAGUUUGCUUUUAACUGGCAAACUUGUAUAUCAAAUUUUUGGUUUCCUCGGAUUUGUGAGAAGAGCUUGGUCAGAAGAAAACAGGGUUUUGCCAUGAAGGAUCAACUUGUAGUAGGUGUUAUCAAAAGUUGUUGAAGAAGGAACCAUUGUUGCUCCAGCAUUCUUUGCCUUGUUAUUGAUCGGCAAACACUCCUUAAGCUUUGCUGCAAAUGUACGAGGGAUGCAUUGUAGGGGUCGAUGUCGUGCGUUGCAUUCAAGUAGCGGAUUCUAUUCUCAAAGGACGAACAUAGCAUACAAUUUGUGAUGCCCAUAGGCUAUGUAGGUUGGGUUGGGUUCAGGUAAACAUUAUUGAGUUGAUACUAUUUGACAACCUAUGCAGUGUGACCGGAAGUUUUAAACUUUACAAACAAUAGUAGAAUAUUGAUGCAUGUAUAACAUAAUGAUAUAAAUAUAUCUUAAUCUGAAAAUUAAAAAAAAUUACAUAUAUCAAGAUUUAAAUUUUG